AUAAAUAGUUGCUCGAAUAUGCUCGAAAGGACGCCCUUCGUCUCGGCGAUAAACAACUUCGUCCCUCCCCUCCUCCCCCCGUGCACGGUCUUUUCCUCGGUAGUCUUCGAGAGAAGUCUGCCGAAAGAAAUUCGAAAGGUGGUUCAUUUCGCGGCGAUGCCGAAACUUUCGCGAGCCGGCUCUCGAGCACGUUGCUCGGAAUACGGUUAACAUUCGCGAGCGCGCUACAACCGAGUCGAUAACUUUGGACAAUUCUUGGCGACCGCGUUUUAAUGAAUGAUAGAUGGAUUCGUUUCAAAAUCCCUACUUGGACUUGGGUGUAGAUCCUAAUAAAACUUUCGACGAUGCGGUCGAGGAACGUGUCAUUAAUGAGGAAUACAAGAUAUGGAAGAAGAAUACUCCAUUUCUGUAUGAUCUUGUUAUGACACAUGCUUUGGAAUGGCCUUCUUUAACAGCUCAGUGGUUACCGGAUGUUACAAGACCAGAGGGGAAGGAUUAUUCUGUACACCGACUGAUCCUAGGAACUCAUACCUCAGAUGAGCAGAAUCAUCUACUAAUUGCUAGCGUACAAUUACCCAAUGAAGAUGCACAGUUCGACGCGUCUCAUUAUGAUAAUGAAAAGGGCGAGUUUGGAGGGUUCGGAUCUGUUAGCGGGAAGAUCGAGAUAGAAAUCAAGAUAAAUCAUGAAGGCGAGGUCAACAGGGCGCGUUAUAUGCCACAGAACCCUUGCGUCAUCGCUACCAAGACUCCAUCGAGCGAUGUGCUCGUGUUUGAUUACACUAAACAUCCUAGUAAACCAGACCCGAACGGGGAAUGUCAUCCGGACUUGAGGUUGCGUGGACAUCAGAAGGAGGGCUACGGUCUUUCGUGGAAUCCUAAUCUCAAUGGAUACUUGCUUAGCGCAUCUGACGAUCACACGAUCUGUCUGUGGGACAUUAACGCGACUCCAAAAGAGAAUCGCGUUAUCGAUGCGAAAACCAUCUUCACGGGACAUACCGCUGUGGUUGAGGAUGUUGCUUGGCACUUAUUACAUGAGUCCUUGUUCGGCUCAGUGGCUGAUGACCAGAAGUUGAUGAUUUGGGAUACUAGGUGCAACAACACCAGUAAACCAAGUCAUACGGUCGACGCUCAUACUGCAGAAGUUAACUGUCUCAGUUUUAAUCCGUAUUCUGAGUUCAUACUCGCCACCGGCAGCGCGGACAAGACCGUAGCCCUCUGGGAUCUGCGUAACUUGAAGCUCAAACUGCACUCGUUCGAGUCACAUAAAGACGAAAUUUUCCAAGUUCAAUGGUCACCGCACAAUGAAACGAUAUUGGCGAGCAGCGGCACGGACAGACGAUUGCAUGUAUGGGACCUCAGUAAAAUUGGAGAGGAGCAAUCCACUGAGGACGCCGAAGACGGACCGCCUGAGCUUUUGUUCAUACACGGCGGGCACACCGCAAAGAUAAGCGAUUUUUCGUGGAAUCCUAACGAACCCUGGGUUAUAUGUUCCGUUUCCGAGGACAACAUAAUGCAAGUAUGGCAGAUGGCGGAGAACAUCUACAACGACGAGGAACCAGAGACGCCCGGAAGCGAGCUUGAAACCGGUGGCUCAUAACGCAUUAAAUAAUUUUAUCACGCCGCUCGCGACCGGUAUCAACACGCAGGUUAUGAAAUCUGGAUUACGUUAUACAUCCGACAUCUCAGUGUGUAUUUUUCGGCGACAGAUGUUAAGGAUUCCAUUUCCAAGGAAUUUACUUUUCGUCGAUCUCGCUCGUUUGCUCGGGCGAAUGAAACCGGUGCGACGUCAUUUCUCUGUCAUGGCGGAAGCUCAAGUAAUGUUAGGAGAUGUCAAGUACUUUUUCUACUUCCUUUUAAGAACGAUCAAUAAAGAAGUGACCACUCA